GUCUCGUGCAGGCUCGCGCAGAGUCUGACGCGGGCUAACUACACUACUAGAUAGCAUACGAGAGGCGAUACACGCCCUGCGUUGCAUCUUCUGGUGCCUCAGAGGGAGAUGAGGAGGGAGAUGAGCUAGAGUUCACUUGACCACGGGACAGCAAGCCACAGGCCUAAGGAGGGAAUGCCGGUAGUUUAUUCACAUUGCUGGAGCAGGACAGUGAUGGAAUCACUUACGGAACGCGGCUUGAAACCCCCUGAUCAUGUGGUGCUAGACGAUCAUAGAAAUAAGGGUCUCUGUCCUCUAUCCUUCUCUCUCUUAUCUUCCACACUGACUGUGUUGGUUAGUUAUUGUUGUAGAAACAUACUAUUGUAUGCAAAUGGCAAGCAACACAGCUAUACUCAGGUGAAUUCAAUGAAAAAAGAGCUUCCCUGGGUGUGAUUCAAAACUACAACACUCUGCAGUCCAGGCAGAGAGCUUUACCCUUAGUGAAAGUCAUUACUAUUAGUAUUUUGUGAUACUCUCUUGCCAAGGGGAGGGG